AUGGGUGAUAAAAAUGAUGAUAAUUUAUCGCUUCCAAAAGCCACAGUUUCAAAAUUAAUUAAAGAGAUAUUACCACAAGAAGUAAAGUGUUCAAAUGAAACCAGAGAUUUGAUUUUAGAGUGUUGUGUAGAGUUUAUUCAUUUAAUAUCAAGUGAAGCUAAUGAUAUUUGUGGUAAAGAUAAUAAAAGAACAAUUGCACCAGAACAUGUUAUUAAAGCGUUAAAAGAAUUGGGAUUUGGAGAUUAUAUACAAAAAGUUACAGAGGUUUAUGAUAAACAUAAAUUAGAGGUUAGUACAAAAACAAAGAGUAGCAAGAAAUUUGAAAAUUUAGGUAAACCAACAGAACAACUUAUUAAAGAACAACAACUUUUAUUUGCCAAAGCAAGAUCAGCUUAUCAACAGUCUGCUGAGGCCCAACAAUUACAACAACAACAACAAUUACAAUUACAACAACAAGGUUUACAACCACCUCAAACCAACCCACAACUUCCAAACCAUUCAGAAAAUAAUAACAAUAAUCAAUAG